AUGAGAAGGAAGAAUCAAAACAUCCAUGAGUAAUUCAAAGAAGAAGAAGCUAAAUCAAUGCAGUUCAUGCAGAAACUGAAUUAAAUCAAGAAGUCAAACAAAGAAUCCAAGGAGAGGACAGUUAUCAAUCAGCAUAAACUUGAGUGGUUUAAGAAAUUCAGACAAUCUCAGAAAAGAGAGAAAUAACUUGAAGAUGAACUAAAUGAAUUCAUAAGCAAAAAUCCGAAUUUGACAACAAACUACGACGAAUCGAAGUACCUGCACAAUUAAGUUGAAUCUUAUCAGUUAUCAACCAAUGAAUCCUCUAAAAUGCUUUCUAUUAUGCCAGAUAGCCAGCUAGAUUCUAUGAACUAGGGAGGUAUGGAUGAUAUAGAGACCUCAAUGCAGAGUGAUAAUAAGUCUACUAUUUUCAAAACAUAGCCAAAUGAAGUCAUAAUUAGAACAAGACAGUCAAAUAUCCCUGAAAGCCCAAUUGAUAGGUUCUCGAUGCAAGAUCUUAAGUCUGAAGAGUAUCAUCAGAGCAUUAAGAGACAAGAUUUCCAAAAGCAACUGUAUCAGUCUGUAUUUGGCUUAAAGUCCUAUAUAAACUCAAUUAAGGAGGAUUUUAAAACCAUGAAAAUGAAACCGAAGGCAGCUGCAUAAAUUAAACAAGACAUAGAAAGAAAAUAGCAAGAGAUAGACAAGUUAAUAGAGUAAAUGAAGGAAGGCUUCAUUGAAAUCGGCAAGCAAUUGAAAAGUGAGAUGAGCUAGGUGAACAUUGAGUUGGGCUUUCAUAGAUAAGAACUAGCAGAAAUACUAGGGUUUGAAGACCAGGUGAAAGGAUUUGACCUUGAAUUUAUGACUGAUGAGUCAAUAGAUUUUCUAGACAUCUAUGCAUAGUUCUUAGGAGAUGAUGAGUAUUGUAAAAUGAAGGAGAACUACUAAAAGGCUCUGGGAACAAUGCAUGAUAUAAACACAUUGGAGUUGGAAAGAUAUAGAAUGAACUGCCCAAUCGAAUAUGAAGAAUUGCUGUAAUAGUUUGGAUAACAGACCUUGCUUAGAUUCUAAGCUAUUCAUGAUAGCUAUCUAAAAUAGGGAAAAACAAGAGAGAUGUACAUGUAGAGACUCUAAUUAGAAUUCAAGGAUGAGUAACUAAAGAAAGAUGAUUAUGAGUUGCUUGAUCAAUAUUAUGAACAUAAAAGGUGGUUCAAGUAAAAAUCAAAAGCUUUAUUCAGAGAUUGGGAAAGAGAUAAAAAAGAUCUUAAAGAAAAGGCAGUCAGACUUAUUGAGUAAGAAGUAGAAGAAAACAAGGCUAAGUUGAUGAAAGAAUUAGAGCUUCUUAAGACUGAAAGCUAAAAGGAUUAAAAACAUAAAGUAGUUGAGGAAAAAAGGAAAGAUUAUGAAGAAAAAAUGAAAAUUAUCAAGGAAAUUGAACUAGAAAAGAAAAGAUAGGAAGAGGAGGAAAAGCGAUAGAAAGAUGAUAUUCAGAAGAAGAGAGCUGAGGAACAAAAGUAAAUAGCUUCAAGCUAUAAGCAGGUCAAGAAAGAAGAGUAAUAAAAGAAAACUAUACUUGAUAAAGAAAAGGAAGAAGAGGACAAGAGGAAGAUACUCGAAGAGUUAAAGAAAAAUAAAGACAAGAUAGAUAGCAUACAGAAUAGAGAACUUGAAAAAGUAGAGUAGAAGCAUUAGUUGAUAUAAUAGAAGGCUAUGGCACCAAAACUUUAAAAGGAGAGAUUAGAUAAGGCUGUUGAGAAUUACAGCUUUAGACCCUAGGUAGAGGCAGACUAGGAUAGGUUAAUUAAGGAAACAGCAGCAAGAGAGAUAAGGAAAAUAACUAUUAGAGAUAAUGCAGAUCAAGUGAAUUUAUUCCAGAAUCCUGGUUAUACGAUCGAUGGAUUGAUGAAGGAUAUUAGAUAUAAAGUGAGUACAGCAUUAGCAGAAGCAGGAUUACAGAAUACCAGUUAUGGCUAGUAGGUUCUUAAAGGUCUCAGCUCCAAUGUGCAGCCAAGAAGUGACAUGAUGGGAAAUAAAUUCUGA